AUGACUGGUGGUGACAUUCGGUUCAAGGCUUAUAAACCUCUUUUUGUGAAGAUUGAUGUAAGUAAAAAAUGUCUUAUGGGUCUGGUGCAGGUGCUCAGAGCCUUUGGUUGGAUGCUUCCAGCCAUUAUUAUGUCAGCGGUACUUGGAACAGGCACAAAUACUAUUAUCAUGGCAUUAGCACUUCCUUUGGCGCAGUCUGCUCUUUCAUUAGUAAUGGAUGCCAUCUGGGGAUGGUCCAAUGACGGCCCGCGAUCCAAGUCCAAGAAAAAGAAAAGACCCUAUGCUAGAGCAGCGAGCAACCCUGGAAUAAGAACGAGAGAAGGACAAAAUACUCGAAAUGGCAAGGGAGUUGGAGACUAUCAAUCCUGGGCUGCCGCAACUGGUGCAUCAGAUGGAAAAAAUUCACGAAGCACUGUAAAUUUUGGUGGUUGGGAUGAACUAGACAAUCAUGGGAUGGAAGGACAGUCGAAAAAGCCCCCUAAUCGAAGACUGGCUGAACCAACACAGGGGACUGAUGGUAAAUUGAGUAAGAGAAUCGGGAGGAGAGAAACUCCAUUGCUAUUGAGAUUGGUUAUUGCUGUUUUCCCGUUCAUGGGAUCCUGGACCAAGCUAUUGUAA